AUGGUUAAAGCCUAUCUUCGUUACGAGGCACUUGCCAGUUUUGGUGUGAUUGCCUCCUCUUUGGCAAACAUUUUGUACGAUUCUACCGGAAAGCUUGUGAUUGCCCCUGCCCUUGAAGAAGUGCUCAUUUGGGAUCUCAAGAAGGGUACUCAGGUUGGAAAAUGGAGAGAACCCGGAAACAAAGCCGAAGUAACAUGCAUUGCAAAGAGUCCGAACAAGAAAGAUUAUGCUGUCGGUUACUCAGACGGAGCCAUUCGCCUUUGGAAUAUCGAAUCAAAGACGUCCAUAGUUACAUUAAGCGGACACAGAGCAGCAGUAACAGCACUUGCAUUCGACAGCGAUGGCACACGACUUGCGUCUGGAUCAAAAGACACUGACCUUAUUGUCUGGGAUGUAAUUGCCGAGUCUGGAUUGUAUAGACUGAGAGGACACAAAGAUCAGAUUACUUGCCUAACCUUCUUGACCAAACCCGAGAACGACGAAAUGGAUGUUGAUAACGUGGGCGUUUCUAACAGCGGCUAUAUCGUCUCUUCUUCAAAGGAUACACUCAUCAAACUGUGGGAUCUCUCUGCACAGUUCUGUCGUGAAACAGUAGUCGGUCAUCGUAGUGAAGUCUGGUCGUUUGCUGUCUCAAAGGAUCAAACUUUGAUUAUUUCUGGUGGAUCAGAGCCAACAUUGAAAGCAUGGAAGAUCAACUGGAAGGUACUCGGAUUGUCUUUGGAAGCACUCGGAGAAAAUACAACAAACGAAGAUUUGACAACUCCCGCAACUAUGGAACGUGCGAUUACUUUGUACGGCCAAUUGCCUCGUAAGACUCGCGAUCGUAUCAUCACCAUCCAAUUCCACCCUUCAACAAAAUUCCUUGGUGUCCAGGCUGCGGACAAGUGCGUUGAAAUCUACCGUGUGCGUGAUCAGGAGCAACUUCAGAAGAAGAUCCACAGACGUAAGAAGAGAGCAAAGGAAAAGGGAAAAGAAGGAGAAGUCAGCGAAGAGAUCCAAGUUGAGGAUCAAAUCACUAGUCAGACUUUGAUUCGCACACCUGCAAAGGUCCGAAGCUUCGACUUUAGCCCGGUUGUAGAUGUUGAAAAGGCUGGAAGUUUACAGCUUGCUGUAUCACUGACAAAUAACGCCAUUGAAUCAUACAAUGUUCCUUUGGCACAAGAUAAAAGCUCGGAAGAACCAGAAGAUCCCGAAAGACAGUUCUCAGUCGAUCUUCCAGGUCAUCGUUCUGACAUUCGCACAUUAGCUCUGAGCUCAGAUGAUGAAUUACUUGCAUCUGUAUCUAAUAACCUCUUAAAGGUGUGGAAUGUAAAGACAAGAAGCUGUAUUCGAUCGAUUGAAUGCGGUUAUGGACUUUGCAGUGCUUUCUUACCAGGAAACAGACAUAUCUUGAUUGGUACCAAAACAGGAGAACUCGAACUUUACGACAUUGGAUCUUCUUCACUGGUAGAAUCAGUAAAGGCACACGACGGAGCUGUAUACUCUAUGCAGAUCCGCCCAGAUAAGCGUGGUUUCGUUACUGGUAGUGCCGACAAGGAUGUUAAGUUCUGGGAUUUGGAUAUGGUAGAAGACAAAUCAAGCGCAACAAAUACAAAACGUUUGACAUUCACACAUAUGAGAACUUUGAAAAUGUCCGAUGAAGUACUUUGUGUUCGAUACAGUCCCAACCAAAACUUGUUAGCUGUCUCAUUAUUGGAUGCCACAGUAAAGGUGUUCUACCACGAUACACUCAAGUUCUUCCUUUCACUCUAUGGCCACAAGCUCCCUGUUUUAUCUAUGGAUAUCUCUUCAGACAACACAUUGAUCACAACCUGCUCAGCGGAUAAAAACGUCAAGAUUUGGGGUCUCGAUUUUGGUGAUUGUCACAAAUCAAUCUUUGCUCACCAGGAGAGUGUUAUGUCUGUCCAGUUUGUCUUUGGAACCCAUUACUUCUUCACAGUCAGUAAAGAUAAGACUAUCAAAUACUGGGAUGGUGACAAGUUUGAAAAUAUUAUGAAGCUUGAGGGCCAUCAAGGAGAGAUUUGGGCACUCGCAGUUUCUAAACAAGGCUCUUUCAUUGUUACUGGCUCUCACGAUCGAUCAAUCCGUAUUUGGGAGCGUUCGGAUGAACAGCUGUUUUUGGAAGAAGAGCGUGAGAAGGAACUCGAGGAGCUCUAUGAAUCUACUCUUAUCAGCCAAAUGGAGAAGGCUGAUAUGAAUGACAGUAUGGAGAUUGAUUCGGCCGGAAAACAAACAAUGGAAACAUUGAAGGCUGGUGAACGGAUAAUGGAAGCUCUUGAUUUGGCAGACGAAGAAAAGCAAGGAUGGGAAGCAUAUGAAUCGGCCAAGUCUCGCGGACUACCAGCACAGAUUCCUCAACGUAAUCCCAUGUUACUCGCCAUGGGAGAUAUUGCUCCAGAAAAACACGUCCUCAAUACCAUCGAGAAAAUUAAAGCCAAUGACCUCGAUGAGGCACUUUUGGUCUUACCAUUCUCAAAGGUCACAUCACUUUUGUACUACGUCGAAUGCUGGGCAAAAAAGAAUUGGAACAUCAUUUUAAUAUCUCGAAUCCUAUUCUUCCUCAUUAAAACUCAUCACAACCAAAUCGCUGCCAAUAGACUUAUGCGCCCUAUGUUGGAUUCUAUCCGGUCUCACUUACGGGCUCAACUCCAGCGCCAAAAAGAUAUCAUGGGUUACAACCGAGCAGCCUUGUCCUAUCUUCAGCGUGACUGGAAAGCAAAAAAUGUAUCAGAUUUUAUUGAUGACGCCCCGCCCGUAGAAGAAGAGAAGAAGCGUAAGUUUGUCCAGCUUUGAGAAACAAACAUCUUUAGAACACCAUUUAUGUUGAACAAAUAAACACAAAACAAAAUAAAUAAAAUAUAUGUAAUAUGAACCUUG